AUGGCUUCCACUCCUGUCGCCGUCGCGGUCGCAUUAGGCCUGUUGACACUGUUCUACAUUCUCAAGAGACAAAAGGGAGAUGGAGAGAAACCCCUCCUCAAGCUUCCCCUAAUCGGCGACCUCCAUAGCUCCCCCAUUGACAAACCACUUGUAAACUGGGACGCAUGGACAAAGGAAAAUGGCCCGAUUGCAGUACCCAAACUCUUUGGGCUCAUUCCCAUUGUGGUGUUGAAUUCCUACGAGGCUGUGACUGAGUUGUUCAGCCGGCGCAGCCAAUGGUACAGCAACCGUCCGCCCUCCGUCAGCAUGGAGAUGAUUACAGGAGCUGGGCCUGGACAGUCCAAGUUCACUCUGAUGCACGACUACGACGAUCACCUCAAGUUCCACCACCGCAUUUUGGCCCCCAGUCUGGGCGCUCUCGGCGCCCCACAGUACCACCCCUUAAUGGAGCUCGAAUCCAAACAGUUAUUAUUUGAUCUUUCAAAGGCCGCCCGGCAGUUUCCCGACGGAAUCAGCACAGAUACCGUCUAUCAGCUGCUUGAGCGCACUCAAUCCAGUGUCAUACUUGCUCUGCAUUAUGGCCUGCGUAUUCCAACCUUUGAAGAUCAUAACUUACAUGAGAUCAUCGAUGUUCAGACCAAAGUAACCUACCUUGCUGCGAACCCCGGUCUUCCAGAUAUUAUCCCGCCUUUGCGUCAUCUGCCGAAGUUCUUGUCGCCAUGGAGGCGAGCGGCUGAUAAGCUGUACACCGCGCAGGUGGACCUGUAUAUGCGCCUCUUCCGGCACGGGAGGGACUCGGCAGGCUGGAACUCCACCAAGCAGGCCAUCGCCACAGCGAAGAAGUACUCUGACGAUGGUGUUCCGGAUCUCGACCUCGCUUUCACCCUUGCAACAUCCAUCCAGGGAGGUAUGGAGACUUCGCCGCGGCAGAUGUUGUGGCUAUUCAUUGCCGCGCUGCACCAACCGACCUUCAUGGCGCGGGCGCAUGCCCUGCUCGACGAGGUCGUCGGGCGUGGCCGUCUCCCCAAUUUCUCUGACCGUUCGGCGCUGGCUUUCAUCGAUGCGAUUAUGCAUGAAAUUUUCCGUUGGCGGCCUAUUUCACCGGGAUCGAUUCCUCGUAGGGCGGAUCGGGACGACGAGUUCGGUGGUGUGAAGAUCAAGAAGGGUGUCACUCUCAUGGCAAACGCGUGGGCUAUCGGUCGAGACGAGAAGGUCUUUGAUCCCGCGCUGGGGGACACUCAUGAUUUCGUGCCUGAACGGUGGCUCCGGCGUGAUGAUAGCGGAGAGGAAAGUCUGCGAACGGACCUUCCAUUGCCGGUGUUUGGGCAGGGUCGCCGCAUCUGCCAAGGAAAGAGGGUCGCUACGGAUGGCUCUUUCUUGCAGGUUGCUUGUCUGUUGUGGGCGUUUGAUAUUGAGCUUGUUGAUGGGGAAGAGGUGGAUCCGUGGGCGAUGGUCGUGACAGGUUUCAUGACAGCGCCGAAGGAUGUCAAAUUUAAGCUCCGGCCCAGGGGUGACUGGGUAGUCGAUGUUAUUAACAAAGAGUGGGAGACGGCGGAGAAAAGCCUUGGAAAGGUGAUGGGAACCAAUGUCGAUGUUGAAUAG